UUAACAGAUGCUAUCACCUGAUAGCUGGCACAAACACUAUGAAGGUCCCUAUCUCAGAGCUAGGAAUCAACCAAUAAUUCAAUAAGCCAGAUAGAUGUAUGUACAAACCGACAGAUGUUCGAGAGCACAGGGGAAAUAUCAACGCUUGGUUUUACGUGCCUUCGUGAGGAGGCUCUAUACUAUAUGGAUGUUAUGAACUGUUCGUGGGAUAUUCAUGUUCAGGAAGGAAAGGUGAUUGAAUUGGUCUUCAAUGAAGUACACACUGACUUCGGUUGUAUCUAUGACUACGUGAAAAUAAUAGAUGAAACAGGGAGAAUUGAUGACCAACCACUAUGUGAUGAUUUCGGAGCAUCCUUUCCUCGUGCUGUUAAAUCUCUUGGACCCUGGCUACGUGUCGAGCUCAGUAUCAUUGAUAACAAUGCGACAGUGUUUUUGGCAACAUACAGAGCAGUUGAUGAAAGAGUUGAGUGUGAUGCAUUGCCUAAAGGUAACGUAUCGAUUGAAGAUAAGAGAACCAUCACCACCAUGCCUAAUGACAAAACAACUCCUACUAUCAAAACUGGUGAUACAACUACUUUAACUACCAUGGUUGGUGAUACAAAAACUUCAACUACGACGGCAUUUGACACAACUUUAACUACAAAUCCUGGUGAUCAAAAUACGAUAGGUUCCGGAAGCGGGAGAACGACUAAUGGCAUGAAAAUGGAUUACGUUAAAGUCUUUAGUAUUACCUUCAUUCAUUAUUUGAUCGAACAUGUGUGCAUUCGCCAAAUAAACUAGUUGUUAAUACCUG